CUUUCACUGUGAUCAGAUGAACGUCGAAAUGAAGAGCAAACAAGUUCUGACUGAAUCCUAGACGUUCAAAAGCAGGGAGGCUGGAGCACUCAGGCGAGUUUAAAGGCUUUUAUUAUGUGCAGGUAAACAAAACACCGUAUGUGUCUUCAUCAGAGUUACCAGCCUCCCUGCUUUUGAUUAGGAUUGCCCACCAGCUGUUGAUGACGUGCAAAAGGCUCUAUUCCACGUUUGAAUCUUAGAUUUUUUUCUUCUUGUUCUAAACUAAUUUCACAUGAAUUCCUGUUUGCAUGUGCAUUGAGCUCGAAAACGAUAUGCUGUCAUAAAUCAGGUAGAACAUUGAUGUCUGAGAGAGUUCAGCUGGCCCAGAUAAUUAAUCUCUGCAUGCACAGUGGCCUUGUUUCAACUAAUUACAAUGAAAGCUCUUGGGACAUAACAGCAAUAAAAAAAAUCUGACUCUUUUCUCUUAUUUUUACCAAGUUAUCAUUUAAUAAGUUUAAAAUACAUAAUUAAAUAACUGGCAGUAAAUGUAAUUUCUUUAAUGUAUUUACAUGUUCUUUAUCAAAUGUGUUAAAUUUAUAUUCGACUAAAUAUGAAUUGUUUUGUUUUUUUGUGAAAGCUACCUGCUGUUAGCUUGUUUUUGUCAUUUUCACAAAACACCUAGAAAUAGAUCUAUUUCCAUUAGCCACAAAAAUAUAAAUGCAAUAAAUCAGUUCUCUGACUGUUUUCUGUAUAUUUAUAGUUUCUGAUUAAUAGUUUAUUUUUAUCAGGUCAGGAUGAAAUGGGAGAAGCUGAAGCCUCCAGAGCCGGAAGACCCCAUGUGCUGCUGUGAAUGCGAUGUCUACCAGUCCAGAUGUUUUGACUGUGAGGAUCUGGACGAGGCCUGUAACAGGUGGCUGAAAGACAAACCGCGCUCUCGCGGAUUCACUUCUCCCAUGUUUGGAGCUGUGAUCGACAACCUGGAGAUCUCCAUGAUCCCAGCCCUGCUGCUUCUGCCCCUCCUGCUGAGAGCUGCAUCCCUGCACUACCUGCUGGGCAUCAUCAUCCUCACCGCUCUGCCUGUCCUGGUUCUGUGGUACUAUCACGCCACGCACAGAAAAAAGAGGCGCACCCUCUUCUUCCUCACCCUUGCGCUGUAUUCCCUGGCCUACAUGUAUUACCUCUUCAUCACAGAGAUUUUACCUCGCGGGGACGUCAGCCUGCUGCAGGUGUGUGCAGUCACUACUGGGAUGAUUCUCACUUUGCUUUCUCUUAUUCACACCAAGCGAGGCCCAGGGUUUGUUACUGCUUCCCUAUAUGAGGCUCACAGCUGCAGGAUGCAGGCUGAAGAGGAGUCCACGCAUGCUGGUGGGUCUGAUCAGCCAGAAGCAGCUUCAUCAGUGACCUCAUUUGACCUGCGGGCAAAAAGAGAACCCCUCACAGACAAAUGGAGCCUAUGUCCUGUGUGCAAAAUAAUGCGACCACCACGAGCCGGGCACUGCAGAACCUGUGGAUCCUGUGUUCAGCGCCUGGACCACCACUGUGUCUGGAUGAACAGCUGUGUUGGACAAGCCAAUCACCACAGCUUUCUGCAGACCCUCUGUGUGUUCGUGUUUACCUCCAUGUACGGGAUCAGUUUGGUGCUGAGCAGCAUCUGUCCUGAACAGAACCUGGUACCAGCUCUGUUCUACUGCCCCGGGGUCUACAGUCAGUCCAGCACAGCUCUUUGCUUCACCUGUUGCUGGUACAGCAGCAUCAUCACAGGUGGACUGCUUCACCUGCUGGUGAGUCAGGUUCUGAACAUCAGCUACAAUGUGACGGAGCGGGAGGCUCAGCUGGCUCUGAGGAACAAAACGGGCCAGAGCCGCCUGUGGGGACUGGUCGUUGUCACCGGGGAGUACUCACGAGGUCUCUAUCAGAACUGGGUUGAGUUCCUCACCAUGACAGAUGCUUUAGCAGCUCUUCAGUCCAAACUCCCCAACCUGGUCUAGUUUCACUCUCCAAUGCUGAGAACAGACUGGUUUAAUUAGUGGCAUGCGUUACUGUUUAGCAGUUCUUUUUUAAAAAUAUCCAACACUGAACCUGGCAGUGUUUUAUUUUCAUUUGAUAGAUAAGUCAGCCUUUUAAGGAUUUGAGACAACUUCAGUGAGUAGUGACUAAGUCUUUUUAUCCAAUGAUCUCAUUUUUGUCAUAUUCUGUUUGCCAAUGUUAGAUUUUUUUUUUACUGUGUUCCAAAUAAUGUUAACUUACUUUUCACAAGUCCACGCUGGUGUUUUUGUUGCCUCGGUGAAAUCGUUGAACUUUCUUUGCUGA